GGUCAGACCGACAUUUUUAAGGCGAGGUCUUUUAGGCGAUGAGAUCAAGAAGUGGUCGUCAUUACUAAGAUCACUGUUAUCGCCUUCAUUGAUACUUUCAAUAUCGAUCGAAUUGGGACCUGUCGAGCUGGGGUGUGUACUGCCGUUGCCCGAAAGCAUGAUCAAAUAGCGUUCCGAUGUCUCCGCUCUAUAGGCGGAUGGUACAUCAUCCCGAGCUUGGUAUCCGAUGUUUUCGGCUUCAAUUUUCGACCCUUCGUUGUCUUCCAAACAUGUGUGCUCUAUACUUGAUCAUUUCACAUGUACAGAAGCUUUGCAAGCGUCCAAAAACUUCUUGAGCGCAAAGCAUAUGAACCAGAAACUCAGCCUCCACCAAGCAAUGUUCAACCGCUCGCUAGUAAUUCAAAUAAGAUACCACUGGUCUCGUGAAAAUCUGACCUUAUUACCAGAAAUUGAGCGUCUGCCAUCGAUAUUUCUUCUCCAGCUUAUUCAAACACGGCUUCACUGCAAUAUUUUACUGUCGUGAACACGAUAUCGGUUUCACUUUUGUCUUCACGCAGCGUAGCACAUGGAUAAUUGCACUCCGAUGUCGCAGUUUGAAGUUAUCCGGUAGAAGUGACAGCUGUGGGUAUGGCAUCGCCGAAUGACACUCUUCCGAAUGACACUCUUCCGUUGUAGG